CACAGUUAAUCGUGGAAACGUCCGCUUUGCUGUUGCCUUCUCGCCGCCAGCCACCGUGCCAAGCAUUUGCCACCUUCUGUCCCGGGCAGCCUCCUUCCCCGGAGCGCAGGUCCAGCGCUGCCGCUUCCCGGGUUCCGGCUGCUUCCCGGGUUCCUCGCGCGGGGCCAUGAAGCGGGAUCCGCUGCCGCUGCUCCCGCAGCAUCCUCCUCCUCCUCCUCCUUCCAGCGGAGGGGAGCGCCCCCUUGGGCGGCCGCAGCAGGAGGGAGACCUGGCCGCCGCGGAAGGCGGGCCGCCCAAAUCCCCGUUGUGGGUCUUCGGCUACGGCUCGCUGGUUUGGAGACCCGAUUUCGAGUUCACGUCGCGCAAAGUGGGCUUCAUCCGCGGCUACACCCGCCGCUUCUGGCAAGGAGACACCUUCCACCGAGGCAGCGAGAAGAUGGUGAGAGGGGGCGCCCCUUUGGUGAGGGGGGGGGAGAGAGAUCGGGGCGGGGGUGAUGGAUGGGUCUGUCCUGGGUCUCCUUCGAGGCGGGGGUGGGAGUGAUGGAUUGGCGCCUCUCUGCCCUGGGUCUCUCUUGGGAUGGGGGUGGUGGGUGGGCGCCUCUAUCCUGGGUCUCCCUCGAGGCGGGGGUGGAGUGAUGGAUGGGCGCCUCUCUGUCCUGGGUCUCUCUCGGGAAGAAUGCCUGUGGGUGGCGACCCGGGUGGUGGUCCAGGUUUGGAACGGAUGGGUAGCUUAUAAGCAGCAUUUGCUGCUGAGGGAGCUGGUUUGAAGAGGGGCUGCAGAUCCGCACGACCCCUUUUGCCCUUGGCUUGGCAUUGCCCGUGUGCUGGCUGGAGAGCAGCUUGUGCCUCCUGUGUGGUUGGCCUGCAGUGCUGGCGCUGUGCGGGUUUCCUUGUGGAGCAUCCGUGGGUGUGGCGGUGCUUCGCUUGCGCUUUCCGGGUGGAUAUCUGAUACUGUAUGUUAACUCUGACUUUCCUCUCCCUCCCUUUCCUCUCCUGUUUAGCCUGGUAGAGUGGUCACCCUCCAAGAGGAUUAUGAGGUAAGUUAUUUAUGCCUACAUCUUUAUCCAGUUCAUUCAACACACCUGUAAAGCAAGGCUUAAUCUGGGUUCUUCUGGGCAUAAUCCAGAACAGUUCUAAGAGUUCACCACCUCCCCUUUAGUUCCUGCACAGAGGGGGAAGGGGAGGUUCGUCAUAGUGCUGCAGCUAGACAGGUGGCAUUUGUUGUUUCUAUGGCUUUAGGAGGAUGCCCAAAAUGCCUCAAGAAACAUUAGGCAGUUGGGAUAGUGGGAUGCUGUGUAUUAAGGGACCAUGAAUAAGAGCUUAUCUUCAGGUGAUGAGAGAAAGCUGAGAUAAUAUUUGAGACAUCCUCCAAGAUAAAUAGUUGCUGAAAAAUAUUUGGUAUGUGGUUGAGUCAAUGGUGCCAUGUCCUUCCUGGAGCCUCUGUAAGAGCCGAUUGGAUUAAUCACUCAGUGGGUAGGCUGGAGUGGAAGGAAUAGCCAGUGUUUUUAUAAUUUAGUGGUCUCUGACUUCUCUAGCCUGCCUCAAAGUCCUUUAAAAUGAGAUUGGACUUGGCAGCAAGCUGUAUGUUAUGCAUAGCUGGAUGAGCAAAUGCAAAAUUGCUUCAGUUGGUAAGGAGUGUGGAGACUGCUCUGUGAGCAAGUCUUAGUAUUUCUUUGUGUUACUAAGACAUGAGCAAAAAAUUGUCAAAAAUGUCUUUGUGUGGAAAUUUAAGUCUCUAUCGUUUAUUAUACAGUCAUAGAACCACUGAAAGUUUAAGUCUGAGACAUAAUAGAGGAGCAAAACACAGCUGAUCAGAUGCAUUUUGGAGCAAUCUGUAGCCUUUCGGAGAACAAUGAGCCUACUUCUGCAUGAGUUUUCAGAAUAAAAAUGUAAAAGCGAUGGACAAGGUGAUCAGAAAAUCUAUCUGUGCUCUCCUUUCAUGUCACAAAAGGAGUUGUCACAACAAGGAUAAUGGUGCUUUCUUUUGAAGAGGCAUUUAUCCAUCCCUGACCAGUGCUUUUAGGAGCCUUGUAUGACCUAGUUAACAGGUUUACGUAAAAAACAGGAGUUUCAUCAGCUUCCAGGAUAUAAUAAUGCAUAUGAUUCUGUUUCUGCCUCUGUCACAGCAAGUAAUCCUUGUCAAUUUUUUAUUCAUUGCAGGGUUGCACAUGGGGCGUUGCCUAUGAACUCCGUGGUGAUCAAAUUGCUGCUUCGCUCAAAUAUUUAAAUAUGCGGGAAGCCGUGCUUGGAGGCUACGACACCAAGCUGGUGAAGUUCCACCCCCAGGAUCAAGAGACUGAGCCUAUCCUAGCCCUGGUUUACAUUGCAACCCCGCAGAAUCCCUCCUACCUUGGUCCAGCAUCUGAAGAGGACAUUGCAGCUCAAAUAAUAGUUUCCAGCGGUCGUUCUGGCCACAAUAUAGAGUACCUGCUGCGGUUGGCAGACUUCAUGCGCUACUUUUGCCCUCAGGUAGAAGAUGAGCACUUGUUCUCAAUUGAGGAGGCUCUGAUCUCCAUCCUGCCCUAUAUAUACCAACCUGAGGAGUCUUCAGUGGAAGAAUGAACGUGACUCUGCCCUCCAGAGGGGCUGAAGUAUACCUUUUUGACCAAGAACAGGAGCAAACACAACAGACACACUUUUUAAUACAACUAAAAGUCAGAUUAAUAAAGCCAAUGGGUGAAGCAGUUUUAAGAGGGGAGGGAUACUUCUUGUCACUGGACUGGCAGUGGAAACUGGAGAGAGCCUCCAUUGUUGCAGGAUGAGAAGCUGCCUGAAAAAUGCUCUGGAAGGCUCCAAUCCUAUGCAUGCUAAUCUGGGAGCAAGUCCUAUUGCAUUUGCUGAGGCUUGCUUCUGAGUAGAUUUGCAAAUGGGGUUUGAGGAAGCCAAACAGUGUUCUUUUUUCAUCGUCAAAGGGAAGGGCCAGAAGCUACAAUGUGCUUUUCUUAAAAGUGUUUCUGAAGCGCCCCCGCCCCAAAUCACCCUAAGCAGGGACUUGGCAGCAGUGUUGAAAUGCUGUGAGCUUUGCUCUACCUCACAAACUGGCAGAAGAGCCACAAGUGUGUGGCACAGAGUGUCUUCUAGGUCAAAGGAGUCGGCCUCUUUCUCCAGCUUGACCUUCACUAGUACGCCCAGGGUUGAGUGCAAUAUGAACUUGUGUCACCUUCUGUAGGCUCAGAUGGGGCCAAAUUUGCUUUCGACUUGUCUUAAGUGAACAGUUAAUGCACUACUUUUUAUAUAUAUAACUUGAAGAUGUAUUUAUUGUAAUGAAUAUAUAUAUAUUUCUUGAA